ACAUAUUCGGGCUUGUUCUGUGUCGUUAUUAACCCCUACAAACGCUUACCAAUCUACACGGAUUCAGUCGCACAAAUGUUCAUGGGCAAACGACGUACCGAAAUGCCUCCUCAUCUGUUCGCCGUUUCGGAUGAAGCCUACCGUAAUAUGUUGCAAUAUCACGAAAAUCAAUCCAUGCUGAUCACUGGUGAAUCUGGUGCUGGCAAGACAGAGAACACCAAAAAGGUUAUCGCGUACUUCGCAGUGGUCGGUGCUUCACAAUCGAAGGCUCAAGGUGAGAAGAAGGUCACUCUUGAGGAUCAGAUCGUGCAGACGAAUCCUGUGCUUGAGGCUUUCGGUAAUGCGAAAACCGUACGAAACAACAACUCAUCUCGAUUCGGAAAAUUCAUUCGAAUUCAUUUUUCAAAGGCUGGCAAAGUGGCUUCUUGUGAUAUUGAACAUUAUUUGCUUGAAAAAUCGCGUGUGAUUCGACAAGCUCCCGGUGAACGAUGCUACCAUAUCUUCUAUCAACUUUACUCGGAGUUUAUUCCAACACUGAAGAAAGAUCUGCAAUUGGACUUACCUUUGAAGGACUAUUGGUUUGUCGCUCAAGCCGAGUUGACAAUUGAUGGUGUUAAUGACAAGGAGGAACAUCAGCUCACCGAUGAAGCUUUCGACAUUUUGAAUUUCUCAGCUGACGAGAAACUGAACUGUUACAGACUGGUCUCAGCAAUAAUGCAUAUGGGCAAUAUGAAAUUCAAGCAACGUCCACGUGAGGAACAAGCCGAACCAGAUGGAACGGCCGAGGCUGACAAAGCAUCCAGCAUGUUUGGCGUUGAUCCGGAAGAAUUCAUGAAGGCAAUGAUAAAACCGCGUGUUAAAGUCGGAACGGAAUGGGUGAAUAAGGGUCAAAAUGUAGAACAAGUUACCUGGUCAGUCGGAGCUAUGGCCAAGGGCAUCUACGCGAGAUUGUUCAACUGGUUGGUUAAGAAGUGUAAUUUGACACUCGAUCAAAAAGGUAUUUCGAGAGAUUACUUCAUCGGUGUACUGGAUAUCGCCGGCUUCGAAAUUUUCGACUUCAACUCAUUCGAGCAGCUCUGGAUCAAUUUCGUAAACGAGAAGCUGCAGCAGUUCUUCAACCAUCACAUGUUUGUACUGGAACAGGAAGAGUACGAACGUGAGGGUAUUCAGUGGACAUUCAUUGAUUUCGGUCUCGACUUGCAAGCUUGCAUUGAACUGAUCGAGAAGCCUAUGGGUAUUAUAUCGAUGUUGGACGAAGAGUGUAUCGUGCCAAAGGCCACCGAUUUGACACUUGCACAGAAGUUGAUCGACAAUCAUUUGGGUAAACAUCCAAACUUCGAGAAACCAAAACCACCAAAGGGCAAACAAGCGGAGGCACACUUCGCAAUGAAGCAUUACGCUGGUACCGUGCGAUACAACGUGACCAACUGGCUGGAGAAGAACAAGGACCCGUUGAACGACACGGUUGUCUCAUGCUUGAAGGUAUCUAAAGGCAAUGUUCUGCUACACGAAUGCUGGGCAGACUACACCACUCAAGAGGAGGCUUCAGUUCAAGCUAAAGAAGGCGGCGGUGGUAAGAAGAAGGGUAAAUCUGGUUCAUUCAUGACUGUAUCGAUGAUGUAUCGCGAAUCAUUGAACAAUUUGAUGAACAUGUUGAACAAGACGCAUCCACACUUCAUCCGUUGCAUAAUUCCGAACGAAAAGAAGAAAUCUGGUCUGUUGGAUGCGGCGUUGGUGUUGAAUCAGCUGACAUGUAACGGUGUACUUGAGGGUAUCCGUAUUUGCCGUAAAGGCUUCCCGAAUAGAACGGUUCAUGCCGAGUUUCAGCAUCGUUACGCAAUGCUCGCCUCUAAGGAAGCGAAGAGUGAUCCUGAACCUAAGAAAUGUGCUGAGGCCAUCUUAAGCAAGCUAGUAAAUGAAAGCGCUCUUACCGAGGAGAACUUCCGUGUCGGUAAGACGAAAGUCUUCUUUAAGGCUGGUGUUUUGGCACAUCUUGAAGAUUUGCGUGAUGAGAAGCUUGGGCAGAUUCUUGCCGGAUUCCAAGCUCAGAUUCGUUCGUUUGUGAUUAUGCUCGACCGCCAUCGUCGUGCCAAGCAGCGCGCCGGUUAUGUGAUCUUACAGAAGAAUAUCAGGGCUUGGUCAGUGCUGCGUACAUGGGACUGGUAUUUGUUGUACGGUAAAAUCAAGCCAAUGUUGAAGUGUGGUAAAGAACAAGAGGAGAUCGACAAAAUGAACGAACAAAUCAAACAGUUGGAAGCGAAGAUCGCUGAAGAGGAGAAGUCGCGUAAGGGAUUGGAGGAGAACUCAACAAAACUGCUCGAAGAGCGCAACGCUGUCUUCGGAGAUUUGGAGGCGGCUAAAGCGAAGCUGUCCGAUGCAGAAGACCGAUUAGCCAGACUCACCACUCUUAAAGGCGAUAUUGACAAACAAAUCAGUGAACUGAAUGAUCGUCUCGGAGAUCAGGAAGAUCGCAAUGCAGACCUGCAGCGUGCCAAGAAGAAGGUUGAAGCCGAAGCCGAAAACCUGAAAAAGUCGAUCGAAGAACUGGAAGGACGUUUACAGAAGGCCGAUACCGACAAACAAGCUCGUGAUCAACAGAUUCGUUCGUUGCAAGAUGAAAUGCAACUUCAGGACGAGAAUAUUGCCAAGCUGAACAAAGAAAAGAAACAUCAAGAGGAAAUAAACCGCAAACUGAUGGAAGACUUGCAAGGUGAAGAGGACAAAGGCAGUCAUGCAAAUAAAUUGAAGGCAAAACUUGAGCAGAAUUUGGACGAUUUGGAAGACAGUUUGGAACGUGAGAAGCGCUCACGAAACGAUAUCGAAAAGCAGAAACGUAAGGUUGAAGGCGAACUGAAGGUGGCACAAGAGAAUAUCGACGAGAUCAAUCGUCAACGUCACGAGAUCGAGGCAAAUCUGAAGAAACAAGACGCCGAAGCACAAGCAAUUGCGAAUCGCUUGGAAGAGGAACAAGACCUCGUCAAUAAACUCAAAAAGCAAUUGAAGGAAACGCAAGGUCGUAUUGGUGAAGCAGAAGAGGAACUCGAGAACGAACGUCAGUCUCGAGCAAAAGCCGAUCGAGUCAAGUCGGAUCUGCAACGAGAGUUGGAAGAGCUUGGUGAUAGACUGGACGAACAAGGUGGUGCAACUGCAGCACAAGUUGAACUGAAUAAGAAACGUGAAUCCGAACUGGCCAAACUUCGCCGUGACUUGGAAGAGGCGAACAUGAAUCAUGAGAAUCAACUAGCGGCUAUUCGCAAGAAGCAUAACGAUGCAGUGGCCGAGUUGGGCGAUCAAAUCGAGCAGGCACAGAAGCAGAAAACCAAAGUUGAGAAGGACAAAGCUCAGGCGCAGCGUGAAGCUGAGGAUGUUGCCAAUCAAAUCGAAACGGAAACUGCAGCACGAAUGAAUGGCGAGAAGCUGGCGAAACAAUACGAAAUGCAAAUCACCGAGUUGCAGACGAAAUGUGACGAGCAAACUCAUCAACUGCAAGAAUUUGGAUCGUUGAAAGGCAGAAUGUUGGGUGAGAAUGGUGAUUUGGGACGUCAAAUUGAAGAAGCUGAAUCGCAGUUGAACGCACUGACACGUCUGAAGGGUCAGUUAACAUCGCAAUUGGAAGAAGCACGUCAAUCAUUAGAUGAAGAGGCACGUGAGAGGAAUACGUUGGCUGCACAGGCCAAGAACUAUCAGCACGAAAUCGAACAGAUUCGUGAGUCAAUGGAAGAGGAAAUCGAAGGAAAGAGUGAAGUGUUGAAACAAUUGAGUCAUGCGAACGCCGAAAUUCAACAGUGGCAAACUAGAUUUGAGAGUGAGGGCUUACUGAAGGCCGAUGAAUUGGAUGAAGCCAAAAAACGUCAGCUGCAGAAAAUCAACGAACUGCAAGAAGCGCUCGAUGCGGCCAACUCAAAGAUCACUUCGCUAGAAAAGACAAAGUCACGUCUUGUUUCUGACCUUGACGAUGCUCAGGUUGACGUAGAACGGGCGAAUUCAUACGCGAAUCAACUGGAGAAGAAACAGAAGGGCUUCGAUAAGAUUAUUGACGAAUGGAGAAAGAAAACUGACGAUUUGGCAGCUGAAUUAGAUAACGCUCAACGAGAGAGUCGCAAUAUCUCAACCGAACUAAUGAAGUUGAAGAGUGAGCAAGAUGAGGUCUUGGAGACAAUUGAGGGGUUGAAGCGCGAGAAUAAGGCACUGUCGCAAGAAAUCAAGGAUUUGACCGAUCAACUGAGUGAGGGCGGCAGAUCGGUAUUCGAAAUGCAAAAGAUUAUUAGAAGAUUGGAAGUUGAGAAAGAUGAACUGCAGCAUGCACUUGAUGAGGCUGAAGCUGCAUUGGAGGCUGAAGAAAGUAAGGUCCUCCGCGCUCAAGUUGAGGUUUCGCAAAUUCGCUCAGAAAUCGAGAAACGUAUCCAGGAGAAAGAGGAGGAAUUCGAGAACACCCGAAAGAAUCAUCAACGAGCGAUCGAGUCAAUGCAAGCAUCGUUAGAAAAUGAAACAAAAGGCAAGACAGAUCUGUUGCGUUUGAAGAAAAAAUUGGAAUCGGACAUCAAUGAAUUGGAAAUAGCGUUGGAUCACGCGAAUCAAGCAAAUGCGGAUGCACAGAAGAAUUUGAGAAAAUACCAAGAUCAAGUCAGAGAACUGCAACAACAGGUUGAAAUUGAACAACGCAAUCGUGAAGAGAUCCGUGAGCAAUAUUUGAAUAUGGAGAAACGUGCGACAGCACUUCAGUCCGAAAAAGAGGAGUUGGUGGUAGCAAUGGACCAGGCUGAACGUGCACGUAAGCAAGCCGAGCGUGACUCAAAUGACGCUCGAUCCCAGUGUAACGAUUUGGCAGCACAAGCCGAAUCGUUGAAUUCUAUGAAACGCAAACUCGAUACAGAAUUACUUCAAAUUCAAACGGACUUGGACGAAACGUUGAAUGAAUACAAGGCAUCUGAAGAACGCAGCAAGGGUGCCAUGGCCGAUGCAGCACGUCUUGCCGAACAGUUGCAUCAAGAACAAGAAAGUGCUAUGCAAAGUGAACGUAUGCGUAAAUCCUUGGAGACACAGCUGAAAGAAAUGCAGGCUCGACUUGAUGAAGCAGAAGCGGCAGCACUGAAGGGUGGUAAAAAAGUCAUUGCUAAGCUGGAGUCACGUAUUCGUGAACUGGAGAGCGAAAUGGACGGUGAGCAACGUCGUUAUCAAGAAACCAAUAAGACACUCAGCAAACACGACCGACGUGUUAGAGAGCUGCAAUUCCAGGUCGGUGAAGACAAGAAGAACGCCGAGCGAACACACGAUCUCAUCGAAAAACUUCAGAAUAAACUAAAAGCACAAAAGAAACAAAUCGAAGAAGCUGAGGAACUGGCGAAUCUGAAUCUGCAGAAAUUCCGUCAGGUUCAGCACCAACUUGAUGACGCCGAAGAGCGCGCUGACCAUGCGGAAAAUUCCCUCUCGAAGAUACGUGCCAAGAGCCGCAGCGGAACCACCGCUCCACCAGGCGUACAGACAUCGCAGUCGGCAGCCGUACUCCGCUCAUCGUCACGAUCAGGAUUUUAA